AUGGCGACCGGUGAGAGGCGAUCAAAUCUCAGGUUUCUCUGGACGUCAUUGAUUCUGGACCAAGGCGACACACGCACGACUCGCCAUGGAGACUGUCUCAGACUAUGUACUUACAACGCUAAAACAGUUUCCACAGACGCCGACCUGCAUGCCCUUCUCGGAGCUGCAGAGCGUAUCAAAUUUCACAUGAUUGCUCUGCAGGAGACCAAGUGCAGAAGGAGCGACGUACGACAGAUGAAUGACGGUACACUCGUCAUUCGUGGAGAGAAGGUUCCGUCGCGAAAUGUAGGCGGUGUUGGUUUUGUUGUGCACCCAUCUGUCGUCCAUCUUGUCGAUUCUCACGAGAUCCUGUCACCUCGUCUGGCCAUUCUUCGCCUCCGCCCUCUGCGCCAAAAAUCCAUCAGUAUCAUCAACUGCUAUUCACCAACAUCAGCAGCUGAUGAUUCCGAAUUGGACGCGUUUUACGAGGAGCUGGAGGAAGUAGUCCACAACGAGAAGUCCUUUUACAAAUUCGUUGUCGGAGACUUCAACGCAAAACUAGGAAAGGCCACAGAAGGGGAAUACAGGAUUGGAAGAUUUGGACUAGGGGACCGGAAUGAAAAUGGCAAUCGUCUCGCCGGGCUGUUGUCCGCCGCUCGCCUCUUUCAUGGGAACUCUCUUUUCAUGAAAAAAAGAUCAUCGUCGGUGGACAUGGGAAUCGCCCAAUGGCGCGAUUCGUGCGGAGAUCGACCACAUACUGACCAACCGGAGCCACACGAUGGAAAAGAACAUCUGCUAUCGGCAACGAAGGAGAAAAGAAGUCGUCUACGACGAUUGCGUACUCGACGACACCUUGUCCUAAGAGGAUUACAAGUCUGUGCUGAGUGUGCCUCGAAGCCGCGCUUGAUAAACUUGGAUCGAAUUUCAAACACCACCAAGGAAUUGUUAGGAAGAAGAAGGGCUUUGAGGUUUGAUCCGAAUGCAUCGCACAUUGAGCGGCAGAAGAAGAUUCUAGAAGCAGCACAAAGAAGAACGAGUCUAAAGAAGUGCCGCAGGGAUCUCCGCGAAUAUAAUAUUCCGCUAGCAACCUUGCUGAGCGAAGACGGGACUCGCACGUCUUCUCGUCGUAAGAUGGAAAUCAUUACGGAGAGGUUCUACUCGAACCUUUUCCGUUCAUCAACUCCUGUGUCAAGCCCGAUCAUCCCCACUGGUGAAGCUCCACCACGGAUUCUCCCUUCGGAAGUACGAGUCGCUAUCAAGAGCAUGAAACCUGGCACAGCCCCCGGACCUGAUUUUAUAUCAGCAGACUUUCUUCGGGCUGGUGGCCAUCCGCUUCAUCUAAUCUUAGCAGCGCACAUGACAUCCUAUCUUCAGAAAGAAAGGAUCCCAGACCAGUGGAAGACCUCGCGAACCGUUCUUAUCCAUAAGAAAGGUGACCGAGAGGACCUUCGGAACUACCGUCCGAUAUGCUUGCUGAGCGUGUUAUACAAAGUAUUCACCAAGGUCAUCCUCAGACGCAUAUCUAGGACGCUGGAUGAAGCCCAGCCUCAAGAACAAGCUGGAUUCCGCCAAGGGUUCAGUUGCUUGGACCACAUCCAGACCGUGUCGAGGGUCAUAAAGGUUUGCCGGGAACACCGCCUGCCCCUUGUUCUAACCUUCGUCGACUAUGAGAAAGCCUUUGACGGCGUAGGAACGAAUGCAGUACUGUCAGCGCUGGUCGAUCAAGACGACAUCGUUCUCUUUUCGAGCAGUACCAGUGAAGCAGAAACGAUGCUCAACGAAUUGAACGAAGCAGGGAAGAGAAUAGGACUACGAAUAAACAGAAAGAAGACACAGUUCAUGAAGAACGCGCACUGCGAGGACGGAGGAGUACAACUUGAAGGCUCCCAAAUCGUGGAAACUCCGUCAUACGUAUACCUCGGACGUUCUAUGAACAUGGAAAACGACAUGAAGGAAGAACUGAAUAGAAGAAUGAGAGCAGCAUGA